AUGAUUAUGAUCAAACAACUUGUUUAUAAACUAUUCUCUAGUCAAUGUCAAUUAAGAUCUCUUCGAUUUGAUAUUAGUAAUGACUUUCGAGAUGGUAGUAUUCAUCGAUGUUUAGUACGAAAUUCUUAUCUAUGUUUCAAAUCUAUUCAAUAUCAACAUCAAUCUUGUUGUGCAACUCUUCGUCGUUUACAUAUUCGACUUAAUCAAACUUGUUUUCUGAAAAAUCUUGUUUCACAUGUACCUAAUCUCGAAAAAAUAUCAGUUGAGUUUGAUUCUUCAUUAGAUUCCUGCGUACCAUGGAAUUCAAAUGUUGAAACAUUAAGACAAUCAAAGACAAAUUGGUUUAAUAAAGUAAGGAUAAUUAUGUUAUUAAUUUAA